GUGAGGCCCGCGGCCACCCCGAGGGCCGCUCUCGUUGUCUGCGCGCGCGCCGCGCUGCGACCUCGCCCGCUGCGUCCCUGCCGCGCGCCGUCCGCCACGCCGCUGACGUCGCCGCCGCUGCUUCUCCCCACAGUCGCCAUUCAAUGACAGCUCGCUGAGACGAGCCGCGCUCAUCGUUGCGUUCGUCCUCAGCAGCAGCAGCAGCAGCCAGUCGGACGCGACUGCGACCGGCCAGAGCAGAGCCGCGCCCCCGGCCCCUCGUCGCCGUCGUCGUCGCCCCGUAUCGUCGUGAGCUGUGCUGUGGCAGCUCCCUCCCGGUCUACAACCAUUCGUCGUCAUCAGCCAGCAAUUCCCUGUCCCCCUUCCGCCUACGCGUCGGCUAUGAACUCUCUAGAACUGGACGACGAUGCUUUCUACAUCUGCACUGAAAUGUCUCCGCGAUGUUUCGUCGUCCAAAAGGCCAUACAAAUAGAUCGGAGCCAAAUCGAGCGCAUGGUCGGCGAUUUAGAGAAGGCACCGCCGCCUCCGAUCGACGCACCACCAGCUCCACAAUUGCCGUACUGGUUCACUACUGAGUGUCGUAACAAUUUGGUGAACUGCGACGUGCCUGCGAUGUCGGUGCCGAGCGCGCCCUCGCCAAUUCCACCGCCUCUCCCAAUGCCAGAUCUUAAGCAACAGCUGAAGGCGCAACUUGAGUAUUACUUCUCAAGGGAGAAUCUGAUAACGGAUCGAUAUUUACGAUGUCAAAUGGAUGCGGAUCAAUUUGUGCCAAUUUCGAUCAUUGCUGGCUUUCGCAAGAUUGUCCAACUUACCAGCGACUAUAACCUUAUCUUGCAGGUUCUACGAGAGUCCAAUCAGGUGGAAGUGGACGAGCGCGGCGAAAAAGUCCGCUCUGUUUGCCGACGUUGUACGAUCCUCUUGCGUGAAAUUAGUGAAGAACAUAAAGAGGAAGUUGAGAAGAUGUUAGCCGGAGGUCCACCGUAUGUGGAUUUGAAAUAUGGACUGAAUAAUAGUUGGUAUGUAACGUUCGACAAUGAAGAGACAACACAACAAGCAUAUCUUCAUCUUCAAAAUAUGAACAUCACCUUUAACAACAAACCAAUAUGUGCGCGUAUCAAAGCCGGUGGACCACCUAGCGAUUUACCGCCAAUCGAUCGGAUGCCAACACAGAUGCCGGAACCCAUAGCAGCCGAGCCUCAACUCUUCACACCAUUAUAUGAGUUGGGACAACUCUUAGCCAGCUAUGGUUACGUGCCAAGAGCUACAUUCCGUCCUGGUGCCACUGUCGUUCAUGUGCAAGAUGAAUCACGGCAACGAAUGAAUCGACACGGACCGCAGCAAAGAAACCCACAUUCAGGAAGAUCAAAUCGAAACUAUCCUUCUGGUGCAAAUGGCUACCCUAUGCAUCCAAAUGGAGCAAUACCGCAUUCGUCUGGAAUCAACGGCAUUGUUCCGUCCACGUCUCAAUAUGGAGGAAUGGAACGAAGACCCUAUCGUGAUCAGAAUUCGAGAGGCGGUCGUGGCUCAGGCACCGGUGGUGGCCCUCGCCGUGGAAAUGGCGAACGCAAUUAUCAUCAAGGUGGUCGUCGUAAUGGUGGAGCGAAUGGCUCGUACCAAGAUGGUAGACGUCGAAGUGAUUACUGUAACGGUGGAACUGGGACAGGAACAAAUAACAAUAAUAACGGACCUGCGUUAAGUGUUUCCACAGGGAAUCUGGCUAGCGCUGCUGCCACGGCUGGUACAUCGAAUACGUUGCAAAUCGAAAGGCCGCGAUAUAAUAGUUUCCGUCGUGAACGGAAUGCCGAUAGCGAACAUCUAUCUACGAAUGACACAUCGAAUACUUCUUCUGGUAAAGGUCGACGUUGGGAAGCGGAUAGUGAAAAUGGAAGUGAUGGACAUGCGGAGAGGAAGGCUUCAUCUCAAAGUGGAUGCUCUGCUUAUUCAUUUGAAGAGAGAGCCUUUCCAUCAUUAUCGGAGCCGAAACCAGAACAGGAAAAACCGGUUGAGAAACCAUCGUUCAGUUGUGUCGCCGCUGGCAAGCGGUAUGCGAAACCGGAGCCAAGGAAGAGUUAUGCGGAGAAACUCAAAGAGAAAACGGCCAAAGCCUAGUUAGUGGCCGUGCAUAUAUCUGCAAGCAAGUCGUAUAAUUUGUAGUGCUAAUUUCUAUGGUUAUCUGCGAAGGGUCUGGGAAUGUAUUUGAUGUGUAUUUGUGUUUCUCGGGAUGGUUUAUCUAGACAAGCUGUCACGUUGAAUUUAUUCACGAUUUUCUUGUCGUUUUCUUUGUUUGCUUUUCAAUCCAAAGCUCUGAAGAAAUCCGCAUACAUACACAGACCACCUUCAAAAUUUCGGUUUCCAAGCGAUUUUUCUUGCCAUUUUACGUGUCGAAUCGAGGUUGAGUGUUUCAUAUCCACGACUGUAUUAUUAUCGUCGUUUCCUUCUGUACUUGCCGAAUAUACAAAUAUAUGUGCCGGUGAACAACCUGGACAUUACUUGUCAUCAUUAGCCAAACGUAUUACUUGUCGGUCACCACUGCAUUCGGAUCACUGAAGAGACACUAAAAAACUUCGUGGAUUUGAUUGAUUGAUUUAUUGAUCGCUAGGUGGUCGUUGCUCGUGUGUGUUUAUCAAUCUUCAUAGAAGAGAACUCCUUGAGAUGAUACUUUCUAUGUUCCGGUUAGUGAUCAUAUCACUCUAGUCAUCCAUUCUGUGCUUAACAUGUCUGUGAAAUCUUCUAUGCGCCAAAUAUUUAGUCGCUUGUUGUUCUUCACUUUUUUCCUACGUUCUGCGAAUUGUGAUUUUUCCUAAGACAAAAAAAUCGUGAUCAGUUUUAUUCGAGAAUUCUUCUUUAUACAAAUUUCGAAGCAUAUCAGACUAGGAAGCGGGAGUAUGGUUUACAUCUGGAGUCGAGAAAUCUUUUGGGUCUUGUUUGGUAAAUUCUCUCUCCCUGUUGGAAAUUUCUCCAGAAGCCGUACGACCACUUUCUCUAGCUGUCCGAAACACAGGUCCAAAUUUACAUUAUAUUGCCCUUUUCAUCUAGUCUUAAUACAAAGAAUGUUCUUUAUCUAUCUACCGGUAAACACCUCUGUUCGUCUGUCUAUCGUCGAAUAUAUCGCUCUAACUCUAUCUGUCUAUGUCUGUCUAUCCUUUGUAAACAUUUAUCAUCUGUCGAUUUUUUGUCUGUCAAACGGUUGUUCUAUCCUCGAAUAAAAAUUC